ACUAUUCAAAUGCUCUUUGGAAGAGUUUCCUCCUCAAUAGUAUAGUGUUGGAUCUAUAAAGAUCCUCCUGGUAAUGUCUUGCCCUGAGCAAACCCAUUCUCAAAUGGACGCUCAUCCCCACUACUGAAAGCAUAAAUCCAACAGUCUUAUAAAGGGAAUCCCAUAUAAAUCCUCAUUAUUUUCAUGCUGCUUCUGCCCUCAAAUCACAUUUGAGUCGAAACGUGAAAGUCAUCCUGGAGCCUCAAUAUGGAAAAAAACAUCCUUGGCCUACUGCCCUGAUCCAUGAUUAAAUCACAUAUAAGUGGUAUCUAUUCCCAUUGAUUAGAUUAUAAUUAUCAUAGUUUUAACAAUAGCAGAAAUGUUGUGAUACUGAAGAAAGAUUCAAGCAGCAGUUUUCAUGGUUUUUAUAUUAAUGGACUUCAACUCCCCCAUCCCCUUGCCAUAUCUCGCAUCCGUGUCCUUGCACUGAGCAGCACAAGCCCUGGAUUCAGCGUGCCCUAGUGCAAAUACCUGGCUCUGAGGUUUGGACCCCAGAGAACCCCUGACAAAUUCUUAGAAUUCUUAAAUUGUAUUGCUUCAUGGCAGUUGGCAACCAGGCUUAAAGACGACAGUUUUUCCCAAUCUGGUGACUUCCUGAUAAAUUGGAUUUCAGUUCCCCUAAUCCCUAGCCAACAAGGCCAAAGGAUUAGAUUCAGAGAUUAGCAAGCAAAUUAAAAAAAAAAAAAGUACCUGGUUUGGCAAAAAUACAAUGUCCUUGUUUCACACAGUAAUGUCAAAAGAACGAAGAUCAUUGAUGGUCAUCAACCUCCAGUCAGAAAUAGCAGUAAAGGAAGAAGAAAAAUAAUAAAUUGGGAAAAAUCCAACACCACUAGAGGACACUGGGUUGGGGAAGAAGACAGAAGUGAUGCGUCCUGCUGUAGGGCAUGGUGGUGUUAUGAAACAUUAAUAUGAUGCCGUGGCUUUGAUUUACUUGGUGCAUGGCAAUUCAUCCCAGGAUCUGUACCUCCAUUCUCUCCUUCCCUACUAUGAUGGGCACACACACUGACCAUGGUUAGAAAUGGAGCAAGUUUGUACCCCUUCAUACUUAGAAUUUUUUUCUCAUUUCCUUUGUCCUUUUCACUUCUCUGAAGUUCACAUCAUUCUCAUAGAAUGUUUUAUUUGUUGCAUCAUUGAAAUCAAUGGAUCUUUAUAUUCAUAAAUAGUGAGUGUGCAGUGGGAAAGUAGCUGGAUCUAUUGGCUUGGUGAAAUUGCAAUCAUCCUUUUUCAACUCAUGUAAGGCCAGACUGUAAUACUGAUAUAAUAAUGAUGAUAUUGAUGCACUACCCUUUCUGUCUUCUUCUGUUUCAUGUUCUUUCUUUUAAAGGAAGGGUAUGUAGGCAUUUAGUUAAUUAAAAUAUUUUUAUUCUACUUUCCAUAAAAGACACUAACACAGUCAAAAUUUAAUCAAUUUACUAAUGCUAACACAAUCUUUGAUACAAAUGUAUCUUUCCAUUGCUUAUAUCCUCUCCACCAGUCCCUCAUAAUGGAAGAAUGUUCCACCUUAAAUUGUUUCCAGUCCAACAUGCCCAUCCAGCCUUUUUUUAAUGCCUGUUUUUCCCUCUGCUUCUCUCCCCCUCCAUAUUUAUAGUUUAUUUGCUUAUUUUUUAUUUAUAUCACCUUUCCACUCUACUUUUCCAUCCAUCCAACACUUACAGUUCUUUCUAGAAAACAAUAUGACAUAUUCUUAUUCACAACAGAAGCUGAGAAAAGUCUGCCUUGCCUUUCUGCCUUGCAACAUGGAUUGGUUUCAUUGCAAUCAAUGCUUCAGCCAAGAGAAAUCUGACUUUUGCGUCACUAGCUGCGGACACAUAUUUUGCCAAAAAUGUGCUGGUAAAGAUAAAUGCCCUUCUUGUGGAACAAGCUGCAAAUAUUUGUCUCUAAAAGAUAAUAUGAAACAAGAAGAAAAGAAGUUUUUCAAAAACCCUGUUGAAACAGCACUCAACUAUAUUGCUCAUAUCUCUCAGGUGUGGACAUUCCAGAAGAGCCAGAUGGAGCUGCUGGUCUCGUUCUACAAAAAUAAUGCUUCAAAAGCUGAAGGAGCGCUCCAGCAAGCUCUCCACAAACUAACUAUCCAGGAAAAAGAACUAGAGGCAAUACAGAAGGAGAAUAGGGAACUGAAGAAGAAGUACUUCAACUUGAAGGCUUUUCCGAGACAUCACCAAGGUAGCAGAAACAGCACCCCAAAGCCGGUUGCCAUCACUCCCCCGUCACAGACAGUUACACCACAACCAAUUUUCCAGCGCUCCAGUGAGGUGGUCAGCCGCUCGCCUUCUAUGGAUUCCAUUUCUUCUAGAGUCAGCCACCUAUCAAGCUGGCAGCAUGCCACAAGACCCACCAGAAUGACCCCAGCUGUCUCUGCAAAUGCCACCCCUUCUCCAGCCUCCACUCAGAGUUUAUUCUACAGGGCCUCUCCUUCCUCUUCCCACACCCCCGGCUUCAAUGUCUUCAGUCUUCAAACCCCCAUGGCGAGACUAAGUCAGAGUGCUAAUAAUACUGGGCAGCCACAGGAAGCUCCAUACUUCAACCUCAGCAUCUUUCCUGAUCCGACAGGUGUUCCUGUGCCAGACCACCGCAACCCUGAAAGGCUGCGCAACAUACAGCUGGGAUUCACACCUCACUCUACACCAUCUUUUCCCCACAGGUAUUCAUCCAUCAGCCAAGUCCACCAGCAAUAAUGGGGAUGACCAAGGCAACUCUUCUCUUAAACAUCAUUGUAGCGGCUAAGAUAGAUUCUUCUGUCCAUACUUUUUAUAGUA